CGGCCGCGGGGCGGGGCCUGAGCCGCCGCCAUGCGCCCCGCGGGCCCGCCGUGCUGCGCGCUGCUGCUGGCGCUGGCGCUGUGCGCCGCGCACCGGGCGCGCCCCCGGAACGUGCUGCUGCUCCUGGCGGACGACGGCGGGUUCGAGAGCGGCGCCUACAACAACAGCGUCAUCCGCACGCCGCACCUGGACGCGCUGGCCCGCCGCAGCCUGACCUUCCGCAAUGCCUUCACGUCCGUCAGCAGCUGCUCGCCCAGCCGCGCCAGCCUCCUCACCGGCCUGCCCCAGCAUCAGAACGGCAUGUACGGCCUCCACCAGGACGUCCACCACUUCAACUCCUUCGAGAGGGUGCAGAGUCUGCCGCUGCUGCUCCGCAAGGCCGGGGUCCGCACAGGCAUCAUCGGCAAGAAGCACGUGGGGCCGGAGGCCGUGUACCCCUUCGACUUCGCCUACACGGAGGAGAACGGCUCCAUCCUGCAGGUGGGCCGCAACAUCACCAGGAUGAAGCAGCUGGUGCGGCAGUUCCUGCAGACUCAGGACCACAGGCCCUUCUUCCUCUACGUGGCCUUCCAUGACCCGCACCGCUGCGGCCACUCCCAGCCCCAGUACGGGCCCUUCUGUGAGAAGUUCGGCAACGGGGCGAGCGGCAUGGGGCGCAUCCCAGACUGGACCCCGCAGACGUACGACCCCCAGGAUGUGCUGGUGCCCUACUUCGUCCCCGACACCCCUUCUGCCCGCGCUGACUUGGCCGCCCAGUACACCACCAUCGGCCGCAUGGACCAAGGCAUCGGGCUGGUUCUGGGGGAGCUGCAGGGAGCCGGCGUCCUGAACGACACCCUGGUCAUCUUCACGUCCGACAACGGGGUCCCCUUCCCCAGCGGCAGGACCAACCUGUACUGGCCGGGCACUGCCGAGCCCCUGAUGGUGUCCUCCCCGGAGCACCGGGCUCGCUGGGGCCAGGUCAGCGAGGCCUACGUCAGCCUCCUGGACCUGACGCCCACCGUGCUGGACUGGUUCUCCGUGGCCUACCCGCGCUACUCCAUCUUCGGCUCCCAGCCCGUGCGGCUGAGCGGCCGCUCCCUGCUGCCCGCGCUGCGGGCUGAGCCGCCCUGGGACACGGUGUUCGGCAGCCAGAGCCACCACGAGGUCACCAUGGCCUACCCCAUGCGCUCCGUGCAGCGCGGCCGCCUGCGGCUGCUGCACAACCUACACUUCCAGGCGCCGUUCCCCGUGGACCAGGACCUGUACGUGUCGCCCACCUUCCAGGACCUGCUCAACCGCUCGGCGGCCGGCGCGCCCACCCGCUGGUACAAAGACCUGCGCGCCUACUACUACCGCGAGCGCUGGGAGCUCUACGACCGCGCCCGAGACCCCCGCGAGCUGCACAACCUGGCGGCUGACCCGGGCUACGCCGAGGUGCUGCGGCUGCUGCAGGCCCAGCUGAGCAAGUGGCAGUGGGACACGCAGGACCCCUGGGUGUGCGCCCCCGGGGGCGUCCUGGAGAGCCGCCUCUCGCCUCAGUGCCAGCCGCUGCACAACGGGCUGUGAGCGACGGGCCCCGAGGCCGGGACGCCCCCUCCCGGGGCCCCGGCACUGGACAGGGUGCGGGUGGGCUGCAGGCCCAGAGGGUCCUCUCUGCAGUCGGCGCAGCCAUCGGCUUUGGCCCAGCCUGGCCCGUACAGCCCCCGGGGCCGCCAGCCGGUGCCCACUGCCUCCCCCAGCCCUGGACAGGGCCCCGAGGCUCCCCCAGUGACGCUUGGUGUCGGGUCCCGGAGGGCCUGAGUCCACACCCGGCCCCCACCCUGCGCUGUGCCUGGGAGAGGCCGCCCUUCACCGGGACCCCCGGCCGCCCAGCACCCUGGGGCCCAUAAGGAGGAGGCCACAGGCUGGACCUUUGGAGCUGCUUUUUCAUCAGUAAAGUACAUGAAGGUU